UUGGUUAGCCUACUUGAAGCAUCCGGGAACCUCGCCAUAGUAGUAGACAUGGCGGGUAUCAACCUGGCUAAAUGACGAAAUAAAUUUUGUUUGGUAAUAUAAGAUCGUGUUAAUUUCGUAGAAAAAGUGUUGAUACUAAAAGACUAAUUAAGUUAUAUUGGAUUAGGACAAAGAUGCAGAAUGUUGGACAGUCUGAAAACCGAAAUAUCGAUAAGGUGAAUGUGCAACUUGAUGUGGUAAAAUCGUCCACUCCUCAAAGUUCGGCUUCGAGUCCGGCCAAAUCUGAAACCGAAACGUAUUCAGGAGCGCCUGCCAAAUACAUGACGGACUCUUCGGAAAGCGAGGAUGACUCUGUGUCCGAGAUCUUGCUGGCUUGUUUGUGCCUUAGCAGGCCAGACCUGUUGACGGAGAUGGAAGAAGAAGGUGGUGGUGCAGAGCCAUCCAAGUUCCUGCUGUCCCACGAUGACCCGGAGCGGGCAGUUGACCCAGAGAUGGAGGCACGUCUCGAGGCUCUGCUCCAAGCAGCUGGCAUCGGCAAGCUAUCCGGUGAGGGCAAGCACCUCGCCGACCCGGAGGUGCUUCGCCGGCUGACGUCGUCGGUGUCGUGCGCGCUCGACGAGGCGGCCGCGGCCCUCACGCGCAUGCGCAGCGACCAACCACCACCGCACCACCGGCACCACCACCAGGACAAAAAUCAACAAUGCGGGUCGAGUGCAACGGGAACCACGCCGACCGUGGCGUCGUCGGUGGGCGCGGACGGGGCGCCGUCGCUGGCGGAGGCGUGCUCGGACGGCGACGUGGGCACCGUGCGGAAGCUGCUGACGGAGGGCCGCUCCGUGCACGAGACCACAGAGGAGGGCGAGUCGCUGCUCUCGCUCGCAUGCUCCGCGGGAUACUACGAGCUCGCUCAAGUGCUGCUAGCCAUGCACGCGAGUGUAGAGGACCGCGGCAUCAAGGGCGACUGCACACCCCUGAUGGAGGCGGCGAGCGCGGGUCACGUGGACAUCGUCCGGCUGCUGAUCGCGCACCACGCGGACGUAAACGCGGUGUCCGGGUCGGGCAACACGCCGCUCAUGUACGCGUGCGCGGGCGGCCACGAGGAGUGCGUCCGCGCGCUGCUCGAGAGCGGCGCCAAUGUUGAGGACCACAACGAGAAUGGACACACGCCGCUCAUGGAGGCAGCAUCAGCAGGUCACGUAGGUGUGGCAAAGAUCCUUCUAGAACACGGCGCUGGCAUCAACACGCACUCGAACGAGUUCAAGGAGUCUGCCCUCACCCUCGCCUGCUACAAGGGCCACCUCGACAUGGUUCGGUUCCUGCUGGCAGCAGGCGCCGACCGUGAGCACAAGACCGAUGAGAUGCAUACAGCGUUGAUGGAGGCUAGCAUGGACGGACAUGUCGAAGUGGCCAGGUUGCUGCUCGAUUCUGGCGCCCAGGUUAACAUGCCGACGGACAGUUUCGAAUCACCGCUGACGCUAGCGGCUUGCGGCGGCCAUGUUGAAUUAGCAAUGUUGCUGCUGGAACGAGGGGCUAACAUCGAGGAGGUCAACGAUGAAGGUUACACGCCGCUCAUGGAGGCCGCUAGAGAAGGUCACGAGGAAAUGGUGGCACUCCUGCUGGGUCAGGGCGCCUCCAUCAACGCGCAGACGGAAGAGACGCAAGAGACUGCGCUGACGCUGGCCUGCUGCGGCGGCUUCCUCGAGGUGGCCGACUUCCUCAUCAAGGCGGGAGCUGAUGCUGAGCUGGGCGCCUCCACGCCUCUCAUGGAGGCCUCCCAGGAGGGACACCUUGAACUCGUGCGCUACCUGCUAAACGCGGGCGCGGACGUGAACGCCCAGACCCAGACGGGCGACACAGCGCUGACGUACGCUUGCGAGAACGGUCACACGGACGUGGCGGACCUGCUGCUGCGAGCCGGCGCCGAGCUGGAGCACGAGAGCGAGGGCGGCCGCACGCCGCUCAUGAAGGCCUGUCGCGCCGGACACGUGUGCACCGUGCAGUUCCUCGUCGGCAAGGGCGCAGACGUGAACCGCAUGACAGCUCUAGGCGACCACACUCCCCUCUCCUUAGCCUGCGCGGGCGGCCACGUGGACGUGGUGAAGUUCCUCCUGGCUUGCGACGCCGACCCCUUCCGCAAGCUCAAGGACAACUCCACCAUGCUCAUCGAGGCGGCUAAGGGCGGACAUACCGCUGUCGUGCAGCUGUUGCUGGAUUACCCUCACUCCGUCAUGUUGCCACGAGGCGUGGCCGGAGCGGAGGAGGCGCACGGGCUGAGCGCGGCGCAGGCGGCGGCGCUGGGGCUGAGCCACGCGGCGGCGCCGGGCGGCGGGCGCGCGCUGCUGCCGGCGCACGCGCACGCGCACGCGGCGCUGCACCACCCGCCGCACCACCACCAGGCGCCGCAGGACCUGCCCACCAAGUUCUCCAAGGUCUACCUCGAUGAGCGCGGCGUAGCGGGUCGCAAGAAGGCAGGCGGCGGCGCGAACACGGGCGCCGUGUGCGCGCCGGCCGACGCCAACAAGCACAAGUGCACGCGCAAGCAGCGCGUCGCGCCGCCGCACUCCGACCACCACCUGCCGCCGCCGCCCGACAUACUCGACGACAACAUUUGCCACCACGCCAUGGCUAAGGUAUCACUCCCGCCGGGGUUUACGUGGAAGGACGUAAACAAGAAAGUUAAAAUUAAAUGCCAGAUUAAAAAUAAAUGCAACCGGGACCCGCGCGACUGCCUGCCCGAGGCCGACCGCAGCCUGCUCGACUUGCCCGACCCUGCAGGUCCGCCGACGCUCGCCACGUCGGCGCUGCACGCCUUGGACCUUCAGUUCUGCGCUCAAGGUGUGACGACCAUCCACCCUCCCACUACGCCGCCGUACCCGCCUCCGCAGCAGUUGUUCCCAGUGCAGCAACUAGCUACCAACCUUAACCAGCACCAACUGCAGGAAUUGCAGCAACAGCAAUUCCAGCAGCUAGCGGCUCAGCAGCAACAACAACAGCAACAGCAGCAGCAGCAACAGAAAAAGCAGCAGCAGCAGCAACAACAACAACAACAACAACAACAGCAGCAGCAGCAGCAGCAGCAACAACAACAACAAGCGCAGCAGCAGCAGCAGUUGUAUGUCCAAGAGUUGCAGCAGAGGCCUGAAGCUUUUGCGGCACAGCUGGUGGAAGGCGGCGCGGGAGAGGAUGGCGCGGGCGCGGGCGGCGGCGUGGAGGCGCGGGAGCUGGGCGCCGUGCUGGCCUACCUGCAGCGCGAGGUGCCGUCGCUCGUCGCGCUGCCGCCCAACGAGCUGCGCUCCCUCGUACUGCAGGUGAUGCAGCAGAAGUCGCACGAGAUCCUGUCGUCGAAGUGCGCGGAGACGGACACCGUGCGAGGCGCGGACGGCGAGGGCCACGAGCGCCACGCGCGCCGCCUGCUGGAGGAGGCGCUCACCGCCGACUGGCCGCGCCAGGACCACCACCACCACCACCACCAUCACCACCACCAUGUCGACGUCACUGCCAGUAACGGAUGCCAAUUCCGGGUUCGUCCAUCUUCGCCUUCGGGCAACCUGGAGAGCGGCAUCAUCCUGACGCGGGCCGACAACGACAUCCUGACACUGCCGCAGUCGUCCGCGCAGGCGCCGCCGCCGCAGCAGCAGCAGCAGCAGGAAAUACAGCCGCUGUUCGCACUGCCGCCGCCUACGUUGCCCUAUGAAGAGUAUGGUGUUACUUCAAGGUCGGCAACGUUCGCUCCCCCGCAUGCGGGCACGGCGGCCGCGGCGGCACCCGCAGCCCCGCUGGCGCCGCAACCCCACUCCAAACGCGAACAACCUCACCACCACAAUAAUGCCUCCGUCGCCGCCAAGAAGAAGGGUCGGUUCGCGGGCACGGGCCGCGGCUGCCGCUCGGGCGAGGCGUACGGCACGGCCACUCCCCCCGCGCCCGCGCCCGCCGCCUACUGCGCCAUGGACGUGGACGGCGAGACCGACUCCAACCACGACACCGCGCUCACGCUCGCCUGUGCUGGCGGACACGAGGACUUGGUGGAGCUGCUGCUCAGUCGCGGCGCUGAUAUCGAGCAUCGGGACAAGAAGGGUUUCACCCCGCUAAUCCUAGCGGCGACUGCCGGCCACGAGAAAAUCGUGGAGAUCCUUCUGAACCACGGCGCGGACAUCGAGGCGCAGUCGGAGCGCACGAAGGACACUCCGCUGUCGCUGGCCUGCAGCGGCGGCCGCUACGAGGUCGUGGAGCUCAUCCUCAGCCGCGGCGCCAACAAGGAGCACCGCAACGUGUCCGACUACACGCCCCUCUCGCUCGCCGCCAGCGGCGGCUACGUCAACAUCAUCAGGCUGCUGCUCACACAUCAGGCUGAAAUCAACUCCCGCACCGGUUCGAAACUGGGCAUCUCCCCCCUCAUGCUGGCCGCUAUGAACGGUCACACGGCGGCUGUCCGGCUGCUGCUGGACUGCGGCUCCGAUAUCAACGCGCAGAUCGAGACCAACCGCAAUACCGCGCUUACCCUCGCCUGCUUCCAAGGUCGGCACGAAGUAGUGAGCUUACUACUCGACCGCAAAGCGAACGUAGAACACCGCGCGAAGACCGGCCUCACUCCCCUCAUGGAGGCAGCGAGCGGCGGCUACGUGGAGGUCGGCCGGGUACUGUUGGACAAGGGCGCGGACGUCAAUGCUCCGCCCGUGCCCUCGUCCCGGGACACCGCGCUCACCAUCGCCGCGGAUAAAGGACACACCAAGUUUGUCGAGCUGCUGCUGCAGAGGCGAGCGGCGGUGGAAGUGAAAAACAAAAAAGGCAACUCUCCCCUAUGGCUGGCGGCCAACGGUGGACACCUCGCAGUGGUCGAGAUGUUGUACGCCGCCGGCGCAGACAUUGACUCACAAGACAAUAGAAAAGUAUCAUGCCUAAUGGCCGCCUUCCGUAAGGGCCACACUAAAGUGGUCAAAUGGAUGGUCGGCGUAGUUACGCAAUUCCCCUCAGACCAGGAAAUGACAAGGUACAUCUGUACAAUCUCGGACAAGGAGCUGCUGGAGAAGUGCCAGGAGUGCGUGCGCGUGAUCCGCGCCGCCAAGGAGACGCAGGCCGCCCGCGCCAACCAGAACGCCACCAUCCUGCUGGAGGAGCUCGACGCCGAGCGCUGCCGCGAGGAGUCGCGCCGCCAGGCCGCCGCGCGCAGGCGGGAGCGCAAGAAGAAGAAGAAGUUGGAGAAGAAGGAGGAGCGGCGCAAGCUGCAGGCGGAGAACGACAAGAACUCGCUGUACUGCGACAAGGCGCUCGGAGACUGCUCCGAGGGCGGCGAGCCCGACGACGAGCCGGCGGCCAAGGAGGAGGGCGACUCGGGGAUCGAUGCUAACUCACAGGGUUCAUGUUCGUCGUCGGACGUGAAGGCUCCGCCCGUGCAGACGAGCAAGUCUAAAAAGAAGAAGAAAGACGAGAAGGCAGCCGCUCCCCCUCCGCCCGCACCUCCCGCCAAGAAACAACCUGAUAAAAGCAAACCCAAAAUAGAGACUAAACCGGAGAAGGAACCCACUCCUAAGCCGGACAAGAAACAAGAGAAGGAGAACGUGGCGCCGAGCUCCCCGCCCGCCACGCCCGCCAAGCCCGCGCCGCCGCCCGAGAGACGGCCCGCUGAGAAGAAAGACAAAAAACCCGAAGAGGAUAACCCUAAGAGCAUUACAGUACAGAAUGUUAACAAAUACGGGAAUAACUCUAGAAAGAGUCAAGUUUUCGAAUCCACUAGGCACAAUGUGGAUAAAGACGAUGUUGACACAAGUGACAAAAAUAAAAAGACGCACAACACGCAUCAAUGGGAGACCGAAGGCAAGAGUACGUCUCCUAAGGGUGGCUGCGUGGGCGGCCGACGUGAGGAGGGAUGGAAGGAGGUCGUACGCAAAUCUAGUGUGCAGACCCUCUCUACUGUUGAACCUGGGUGCAAGAAAGUGUCGGUAGCGUCACACGCGAUCUCGCGAGUGAUCGGACGCGCGGGCAGCAACAUCAACGCCAUCCGCUCCGCCACCGGCGCCCACAUCGAGGUCGACAAGCAGAGCAAGGGCCAGGGCGAGAGGAUCAUUACUAUCAAGGGCUCAGCCGAAGCUACAAAGCAAGCGGGCAUGCUGAUCGCAGCUAUGAUCCGUGACCCGGAAGCGGAUAUCGUGCAACUAUUACCUCGCGCGGUCACCAAGCCGCCGCCGCAACCACUGCCGUUGCAACCGAAGACACCUAAACAACCACCACCUAAGCAGCAGGCAGGAGCCAGCAGCAGCAGCAGCAGCUCGGCCAGCAGCCGCACGACGCCCACGGCGCGGGCGCCGCCCAAGCAGCACGUGCGCCCCGCGCCGCCCAGGCUGCAGCCGCAUACAUCAACAGCAGAAAAGCGCGCCCCCACAUCGACGAGCGUCAGUUUGACCGUGAACAGCGGCGUGAAGACCAGCGCAGCGCUCUCAUACACGGGCGCCAUCGUGGGAGCCCGGCCUCACACCUUCGCCGCCAAGCUCACUGCGGCACCCGCCGCCCCGGCCCCCGCGCCGCCUGCCCAGCCGCCGCCGGAGGCUAAACCCAGACCUGCGCCACAGCAGCAGUCAGCCCCCAGCAGCAGCCCCGGCUCGUCGUCGCAGGCUGGCGCGGCGUCGCCGCAGAAGGCUCGCGAGGCGUCGCCGCCGCCGCCCGCCGCGCCCGCGCCACACAAGCAUGAAGAAGCUGAGAAACAGCACCGUCUACCUGAUCGCACUGUGCAGCUAAGCCCAGAUAACUCAAGCUCCUGGAGUGCAAAUGAGGAGAAUACGCCGAAUACCUCCUCAGCGCUACAUAUUAAUACCACCCCGCAGCAGUCUCACAGCCGCGCGGGCGGGCAGGAGUACUCGCUGUUCAAGGACCUGUCGGCCGGCGCCGCCGCCGUCUGGGGAGCGUCGGGUGACGCCACGCACAACGUCGACCCGCCGCCGCCGCAGGUUGAUGCGAGCAAGGCGCCCGGCUACCGCGGCGCUGGCGGUGGCGCGGGAGCUGGCGGCGGCUGCUCGCCGUGCUCGCGCACGUCGUCGCACGGCAGCACGCCGCCGCCCGCCUACGCGCCCGCGCUGCACCAGCCCGUGCAGCCCUACCACCAGCCCAUGCCUCUCGGCAACAACGUCAACACAAUGGACAUGAGCGGGCUCUCCCGGAAUGGACCUAUCUACCAAGACAACUCUCGGAAUGGACAUAACAUGAUGCAGCAGGUGUCGAUCUCGAGCGGCGUGAACAUGUCGGGCGCAGCGUUGGGGCUGGGCUACGUGGGCGUGGAGAGCGUGUCGCGCCUCAACCCCCGCGCGCCCGACUUCGCGCAGCGACACCCGCUCAUGCAGCAGAAGCACAACGCACAGUUGUUCGCGGGCGCGAGCAACGCGGGCAACCUGAGCGCGCUGCUGAUGUCGUACCAGCAGCAGCCCAUGAACCAGUCACCCAAACCUAUGCAGCAUACACCGCAGCAACAACACCAUGCCUACCAGUCGCUGCUGGAGCGCGGCGUUGGCGGUGUGGGCGGUUGGGGCGGCGGCGAGGAGGAGGAGCGCAAGCCGCGCCCCAUCGGCACCGAGCGCGCCUGGAAGCUCACCGCCGCCGACGACUGGCCGCACGCGCACCUGCACCACCCGCACCACGCCGACCACGACCGCUACCAGGGCGUGAGCGGCAUGGGCCACGUGUCGCACGGCAUGGACAGCGGCGCGUACGGCGGCGUGGGCGCGGGCGGCGCCACGGCGGCGGCGCUGUCGCUGAUGCACGCGCUGCCGCUGCACUACCUGCCGGGCGCCGAGCCGCAGCACUGGGAGCCGCCGCCGCACCAGCCCGACAAACAGGUACCGCGCGUGCCGCCGCGCCGCUACUGAGCGCCCGCCCCCACUCACGCACUGUCUGUCGCAGGCCUGGACCAAGUGGACUCACUAGAGCCGCCGCCGCCGCCGCCGCCGCGUCCGCCGAGGCCCCACACGAUUAUAUAUAAUUGUAAUCCUUGGAAACGGUGUAGAUAUUAGUGAGAAAGAAUUAUAUUAUACAGAUUAUCUAUAUACAUAAUAGAGAAGAUGUCCUAUCGAGAAGAGAACUACUUAUACUGUACGAUCGACUGAAGUGAGCAUUAAACGAUUCAUUAUAAUGAAACUCGUGAGGGGAGUCGGAUGUAGUUUUAUUUGUUACUGCCGCUCGCCGGUCGCCGGACGCGACGUUACGUUUAGACGAAUUAUAGUUAUGUUAUAGUCGGCGUCGCCGUUUCAUCUGAUGUAGAUAUACGCGUAAACGAAUGUAAUAGUAGGUAGCUUGGAAUGUGAUUCCGAAGUGCCGCUGAGUGUUUUGAGUUGCCUUGCGUGCGGUCGCCGCCCGCCGUCUAUUAUACAUAUUUUACACUAUAUUAUGGCAUAAUGCGAUAUUAAUUUCGAUGAUUAGUACGCUCGUAAAUCGAGGCGGAAUAUUAAACAUGUAUUAAUAAAUUUGCUUGUACAUGAAGAUUAAAUAUCGAUAUAUUGAUGCACUGUA